GAUCGAGAGAAGGUCCUUCAAGGAGGCCCCUACUCUAUUUACGGCCGAAGACUCAUAAUUAAAGUGCUCCCCAAUUUGUUCCAAUUUGGCGAGGAUGACAUCGAAACCGUCCCCGUUUGGAUCAAUCUCCCCCUCCUAUCAUGGAAUUGUUGGAGCACCAAUGCCCUUAGCAAGAUAGCCUUUUGUGUCGGUAGUCCCAUCACAACCGACAAGCUCACGGCUACAAGGGACCGAUGCAACUAUGCUCGAAUUUUGGUGGAGCUCGACAUCUCCAAGGAAAGAGUUUAUAGCAUUCCCGUCAAAUCCAAAGGGAAAUUCAUGUUUGAGCAAAAGGUAGAAUAUGAGUACGUUCCACAAUAUUGCAACCAUUGCAAAUACAUUGGACACUCUACCUCCAAUUGUGGGAAGCAUAAAGCCCACCUUGAGAAAAUAGCCGAGGGCAAGAAACCAGUCGAAGAAACUGGUACCAUGGUGACUACCAAGGUUGCGGUGGGACCAAAAGAAAAUUUACAACAAAGUAAGAAAGGGGAAAAUACCAACAAAGAGCAUGGGGAGCGACACAAAACCAAAGAGGUGGAGGUCGUAGAAGAAAACCAAAAUAAAGGUGAUCAAGAGAAAAAGGGCAACGGGGAUUGUAAUACAAGGAAAGAAGUGGUGACCUCGAAUGCCGGUUCUUCCUCUUCUCCAACCGGGGACUUUGAGGUCCACGAGAACCCUCAUCCAGAUAAUGAAGACAACUUCUUCCAAGUGGUAGGUAAGUAUAACAAGAUUCUCACCCGUAGUGGAGCCGCGAGCAAAGUCGCCGAAACUACGGGCCAAUACUCCAAACUUAAAGACAAACCAAGCGGGAGGAGAGAUGGAGGACCUCCUUGCCUUGGUUGCUCCUCGGGGACAUCAAUGUUAUCCUCCAACCGGAGGAGAGAAUUAAAGGGGAGAGAGUCACUAACCGGGACCCCAUGGACCUUUUGGAAGUUUGCAGCGCCUUGGGAUUUUCGGACAUCCCCUCAAGCGGUUUCUACUACACUUGGUCCAACAAUCAUGUUUGGUCGAAACUUGAUAGAGCAAUGGUGGACACUCAAUGGGAGAAUGCCGGCCUAUUCUCGCAU